AUGGCCUCAAAUUCGGUAAUCGCAGAAGACCAGGCCGACACCACCGCGGAGAUCCUUCGUCUGCAAAGUCAAUUAGCGCAAAUCCGCAACAAACGCAAAGUACUGCACCUACGUAAUGAGAUUGCGCGCGAGAACCAGUUGUUGACUGACGCUCGACACCGUCUUCAUGUGACCGCAUCACAAACACCGACUGGCGGCCGCUCCUUCAAUCGAUUGCAUCCGCCUACUCCAGUUCCAAGAGGCAGGGCUAUCCGCGUGGAUAAGAAACGCAUAAAUGCGAAGCCGUCGCACCCGAGACCCGAACCUGUUACCGGUAAUAGUAACGCUAGUGGUAAUCUCACAUCGACUGAGGGGGCAGAGGUGCCAAAGCUCCCCGUAUCCAAAAGAUAUUGCGGGCAGGAUCGAUCUUUAUAUAUUACCUUGGUCAGCAACUUGCGCAGUUUCUUUCGUACACACCAAUGGUAUUUCGCUGUCGAUAAAACCAAGAUUGCCGAAGCAAAGAGACAUCUAUCGCGCCUUGUUCUCGAUGAGUGGACGACAUAUGCCCAGUCUAGCGACCGAACAUAUACCUGGGACGAGUUCUGCUCCUUUCUACUUCAUCAGAUCGAAAGGCCUGCGACGCCGAAGAUGGCGCGCCAUCUAUGGACUAUCGCUCGACAACGCCGCGAUGAAAGCGUGAGAGACUUUGCAAACUACCUGGGAAUGUUGGAGGACGACUUCCCAACACCACUAUCCGAGCAAGACCGCAGCCAACGACUAUGUGAGGGCAUGAAGAUGACAUUGCGAAAGAGGGCCCAAGGGGAUGCAUCGUUUCUCACUCUGAGGUAUGACGCACAGAUCGAGUUACUGGCAGCGUGGGAAAUGGAAUGGCUCGCCCGGUGA